UUUGGCGAACGGGAAAAGACUUGCAAAUUUUUUUUACCCAUCACACAGUUUGAAUGCAGCAAUGUUUCACAAAAGUAAAUUCAUAAUUAAGGAAGUAAUUAUUUGCGUUUUUGAUCAUCUGAUAUAAAGGAAUUGAAAGGAACUAGUGACAAAAUCAAUACUCCGCUGAUCAUGUAACUUGUACUUUCGGUUUCGUUUUUACUGUGGAUUUUUUAAUUCCAAAUAUAGAAAACGCUAUUCCUUACAUCGUAGCUGGUAGACUGGUAGUAGUGAAAAUGGUAGAAGCAUUCAACAAGUUAAUAGGGAACUACGCUCAAAGCUUGGCCUUGAUGAUUAAUGGUCAUGAACUAUCUAAGCAAGUCAAGGAAAUUAUUCGCGACAAAAUGGUAGAGAUGACCAAUAAACUUGGUGAAAUAAGUCAAGGGGAAGUUGAUGUUGUACAUACAGGUUUGCAAUACAGCCAUUUUCACAUGAUCAGACUUUUAGCAAGUGAACAUGCAGACGUUAAGUUCUUCCCGUGUGUCGAGUUUGAUCUUGUACUUGUUUAUAAUAGGUACAAAAUAUGCGACUGUACUAAAGAGAAACUGAACGAGAUGAUCAAGUCGUGUGAGUGUUUUGCUUUAAUGCUUCCAACAGACCAUCCAGGCUAUGUCAAUUUAAAAAUUUCAGAAUAUGGGCGAACGAUGAUUGAUAGGCCGAACUGUGAUGUUGACAAAAAUAUAGACCCUGAUGGGUACCUGCCAAACUACAUCUUUAGGGCUAACUGGUUUCCAGAAUUUGCAAAAUCAACAGAAGAACUAUACAAUAUGUUGAAGAUGAAAUACUCUGAACCUUCAGAUAAUUAUGAAAAUGACAAAGAUAGCAUUGGGAUAUCCCAUGAUUUUGCUCAUACCUUUCCAUGUCGGGAAUGGCCAGUAGCUGCAAAGAAUUGGAUAUCCAGACCAAGACCAACCAAUUGGCCAACUGAGGACACUAUUCAAGAAAUAACAAAAGGUGGAUGUGUGCUCGUUCCAACAGGAUACCCACUUAGUGUAGACAAGGAGAGAGAAUGGCGUGUGUCCUUUAAUAUCCACGAACGCCGUCUUGCAAAGUCUUGGAACAACAUCCAGAAAACUUGUUAUUGCAUGGUUCUAAUGAUGCUUAAAACACACCUGUCGACCAGAUCAAUUUUGACAUCAUACCAUGUGAAGAAUAUGAUGUUUUGGUUUUGUGAGAAGCAGUAUGGCCCUGACGAGUUUGAUGGAGCAUCUCUAGGCGAUCGAGUUUUACAACUUCUUUACUCCAUAUUAAAGGCACUAGAAAAUGGAUACAUACCACAUUUUUUUAUUCCAGAAAAUAAUCUAAUCAGCAACAGUGCUGAAUCUGAUACGAAAAAGGCAUGCUCAGAACUGUCCUUUAUUGUUGCAAGACCAUUUGAAACUGUCUCCAAGCUUUGCCACAAGUUGGACUUUUUUGAUGUACGAUAUCCGGAUACCGGCUUUGACGGAGAAGCAGAAAUUCACUACAUGCUCAUUUUAUACGCGACAUUUGUACAGAACCUUUACAGAAUCGGAUUUGAACACUCGAAGAAAACCCCUAGUCUGUCAGGAACUUGUUUCCAACAUAUUACACAAAUGAAUAAAAAUGGAAGCGAACUAUUACAUACUACAUCAAACGGUUAUAAUGCUAAGAAUAUGGUUGAUCUUCUGAGACCGAUUUGUCAAGGCUUUUGUCAGUCCGGAGAUCUAGACAAAGCCCUGUCUUUCUAUCUCUUGAUGUAUAACUUUGAACGUGACUUAGUUUUGAAGGACUACCCUGAAAUAACCACCAACAUAGCUUGUAUAUACACUUGCUUGUAUGACUUAUCAAAAGAAAAAGCCGACAAAAAAAUCUAUGAAAAGAAGGCGAUGGAGUUUUUUCAAAUCGGAACAAAAAUCAUGGACGAUUCGCCAACACUCCAUGUUGGUUACGGAAACUUCCUACUGAGCACGAAAACGUCAUUCCUCAAGGCUAUUGACCAUUUCCGUAAAUCAAUAUCAAUAGAGAAACCAAGGGAAGAAGACAACUCCUUGAUCCAGUUAGAUAUACCCGGAUGUGAGGAAUUUAAACCCACCAGGAGUCGCAUACCUGGAAGGCUUGCUGCGUACUUUAUGCUGGUAACAUGCCUAGCGGACAUGGGCGAAAUUCAAGAAGCUAGAAGAAAUGUAAAUAAAAUGGAAGAGCUUACGAACGAACUAGACUAUGAAAUAAGACCAAAGGUUUUACAGAUGUGCGCAAUGGCAUACAAAAAAGCAGGACUAGAGGAGAAGGCAUACCUGUGUUUGAUGGAAGCAUUUAAACUGUUUAAGCAAUCCAAGAAGUUAGUAGUGGCAGAGAAGAAGAGGAAAGCAUUGGCAGAUGCAGCUUACCGAAAAAAGGCACUGGAACUUACGAGAUUUGAAUAAAAACCAUGCAGUAUAUCGGAGAUUUAGAAUUGGCAUGAAAAUGGCUGUAUAAAAUGGUGUAUAGUAUUUUAUAUAUACUCUUCCAUUUGCGCCAAUAUAUUAUGUACCAAGUUGUCAUUUUUGUAAAACUAUCAUUUGCACAGACUUUUCGUUCAAUUUUAUUUUGACACCCGCAUUCUUCGCCCGGUGACACAAGUUUAUCUUCAACACUUACCAAUCUCCAUACUUCAACACCAUUAAGCACCACCAUUCCUAUUUGGCAUACAGCUGCAGAUGAGGACAUCAGAUUGGGCUGGAUUCUUAAUAUAUUUUUUCUCUCGCUUAUAACAGAUUCUAAUGGUUCAAAAUAUAUUAUAACGUCUUUUAUCUGUAUUUAGUCUAGCGUUAUGUAUAAGAUAAGAUAAGAUAAGAUAAGUUUUAUUUUCCAAAUUAGGUCCCCAGGGGGGCAUAUACACAUAACAUAUAUAAUUGAUACAACAUACAGUAUUUUACAUGACAUUCAUAUAAUAAAUUUCAACUAUUGAAACAAUACAAGCUAUUAUACAUGUAUGUUAAAUAAAAAAGUAUUUAAGAGUUGCUACUCCAGAGAUGUGGCAAACUCAUAUUUUUUUUUUUCUCACUUGAUUUUAUAAUAUUUUGCUGGAAAUGUAUAAAUAUAAAUGAUUGUUUAGCUGCAACAGACAACAAGGGACGAUGCUCUAGGAUUAUGUGCUUAAAAGCUCUAACAAUCCUCCUCGUAUCUGAUGCAGAAAAACAAACACAAAUGUAAAAAAAAGUUCAUGUGUAUCACAGCAAAUAAAAUAUACUGCAGUAAUAGGUAUUGAGAAUAGUGUAGGUUUCCCUACUGCAACAAACACCAAGGGGCGGUACUCAAGGAGCUGUGUUGUUUACACAGUCCUCCUCGUGUCUGAAGCAGACAAGAAUGCCACAUAAUUAACAAUUUUUCGAAAUAAAUUUACCAGCAGCAGUGAGAAUUGACUUAUCUUCUGUGUUCAUAAGCCAUAUCAGUUUAUCUCUUGCGUUAAGAGUUAAAAAGUUGGGGCAACUUUUAGUUAUCUCUUGAAAUAGAUGAAUGCGGUCAUCAUUAAAUUUAACACAUUGGAAUAGAAAAUGAUAUUCAUUCUCCACAUCUCCGGAGUUACAACGAGCACAAGUUCUGUCAUUUAGGAGAGUAUCCUGAUACCUUCCGGACUCAAUUCUUAAGUGGUGUGAUGAAAUUCUGAGCUUUGUUAAGCUUCGUAUAAGACUGGCAUUUCGACAUGUAAAUAAGACAGUGAUAUAAGCUAAGCCGAAGAUCGUUUGCUUCUUUCUUUUAUUCAAUUAUGUUUACUAAUUAAAUAUUGAUAACUUGUUAAAAAACUCUGUACAAAUUAGAAUUAAAACAAUUUACAGCUUGUACACAACAUAUAGAUUAUGGAUUUGCAUAUACAUGUAAAGAUGCAGGUAAGGAAAUAAAAUUGCAUACACUUUGUAAAAAAGAGAUAGGAAAAAUUGAAGCUGUUUCCGAUGUCUUACUUUAAAUAGUUAUAAGAUACAUGUUUAUUUGAUUUCAAUAUUAUUACAAAAGUAUAGAAAAUGUGGCGUUGCAAUAUAUACAUGAAAACUUGCUUGAGUGAUAAGAUAAGAUAAGAUAAGAUAUUUUAUUUUCCAAAUUAGGUCCCCAGGGGGUGGGGGCAUACACAUAUAACAAAUAUACUCUUCUCAACAUACAGUAUUUUACAUGACAUUCAUAUAAUACAGGCUAUGAAAUAGGUCCUGUACGGAAAAUAUGGCUCUAAUUUAAUUUUGUUUAUUUCUAGAAGAAUUAAAAAAUAACUGUCAAUGAUAGAUUGAUAUAUAGGUAAUGUGUAUUAUUUCAAUAAGAUAGAUGCAUUUACAAGUCUCAUUUCCAGGAAGAUUUUAUGGUCCCACCCUAUCAUCAGGGUUCAUUGACUUUAAAACAUUUGCAUAUUUUACAAGCUAAAAGUUUGUGUUUAGGAAGGUUUAAAGGGAACUAUUUAUGAUAAGUCAGUGGUAUUUGGUAAACAAUAUUAUAAGCUUUGGUAUUUAUCAUUUUCAUAUUUUCAUGGCAUUGCACCUUCAGUCAUGAUAAAUUGACUUGGAAUGUUUUGCAUAGUUCACAUGUUUUAAUUAUUGCCAUUUUAAUUUCAACAUUUGCAUUUUGCUAUCAAAAUACAAAAAGCGAGACAUAUCUCUGUCUCAAAAGUUUAUUACUAGUAAUUUUAUUUAUGUCAUUAAAGCUGUGAUAUUUUUUUAGUA